AUGAGUGUAAAUGAUGUUGGAGGAAGACGACGCUUUGAGGAUAGCGAGUACACGCUGCACAUAUACCCCGGGAGCAUCGCAGAAGGGACUAUCUACUGCCCCAUCACCGCCAGGAAAACUUCCACGGCCGCCGAGGUGAUCGAUUCGCUCAUUAAUAAACUUCAGCUCGAGAAAACAAAAUGUUACGUCCUCGCCGAAGUGAAGGAGUUUGGAGGGGAGGAAUGGAUCCUCAACCCUACGGACUGCCCGGUUCAGCGCAUGAUGCUGUGGCCUCGCAUGGCUCUGGAGAACCGCAUCAGCGGCGAGGAUUAUCGCUUCCUCCUGCGGGAGAAGAACCUGGACGGGUCCAUUCACUAUGGGAGCCUCCAGUCCUGGCUGCGGGUGACGGAGGAGCGUCGCAGGAUGGUGGAGCGUGGCUUCCUUCCCCAACCGCAGCAGAAGGACUACGAUGACUUGUGCAGCCUGCCGGACUUGAACGAGAAAACGCUCCUGGAAAAUCUCAGAAACCGCUUCAAGCAAGAAAAAAUCUACACCUACGUAGGCAGCAUCCUCAUCGUUAUUAAUCCCUUCAAGUUUCUACCUAUUUAUAACCCCAAGUAUGUCAAGAUGUACGAUAACCAUCAGCUGGGAAAGCUGGAGCCCCAUAUUUACGCUGUGGCAGACGUGGCUUACCACGCCAUGCUUCAGCGGAGGAAGAACCAGUGUAUCGUGAUUUCGGGAGAGAGCGGGUCGGGAAAGACGCAGAGCACCAACUUUCUGAUUCAUCACCUCACUGCCCUCAGCCAGAAGGGAUUUGCCAGCGGAGUAGAACAGAUUAUUCUUGGAGCUGGACCAGUGCUUGAGGCUUUUGGAAAUGCAAAAACGGCACAUAACAACAACUCGAGUCGCUUCGGCAAGUUUAUUCAAGUGAAUUAUCAGGAGACGGGCACCGUGCGAGGAGCUUAUGUUGAAAAGUACCUCCUGGAGAAAUCCAGACUUGUCUAUCAGGAGCACAAUGAACGGAACUACCACGUAUUUUAUUACCUCCUGGCAGGAGCGAGCGAGGAAGAGAGAUCAGCGUUUCAUCUGAAGCAGCCUGAGGAAUAUCAUUACCUCAACCAGAUGACAAAGAAACCCCUCAGACAGAGCUGGGAUGAUUAUUGCUAUGACUCUGAGCCGGACUGCUUUUCCGUGGAAGGGGAGGACUUGAAACAUGACUUUGAGCGGUUACAACUGGCCAUGGAGAUGGUGGGGUUUCUUCCCAAGACUCGCAGACAAAUUUUCUCUCUCUUGUCGGCGAUACUACACCUGGGUAACAUCCGUUACAAAAAGAAGACCUACCGGGAUGACUCCAUUGAUAUUUGUAACCCUGAAAUACUACCUAUUGUGUCGGACCUGCUGGAGGUGAAAGAAGAGAUGCUGUUUGAGGCGCUGGUUACCAGAAAGACAGUGACAGUAGGAGAGAAGCUGAUCUUACCAUACAAACUAGCAGAGGCUGUGACCGUGCGAAACUCCAUGGCUAAAUCAUUGUACAGCGCCCUGUUCGACUGGAUAGUGUUCAGAAUUAACCACGCGCUCCUCAACUCGAAGGACAUGGAGGAAAGCACCAAGACUUUAUCCAUUGGAGUACUUGAUAUUUUUGGGUUUGAAGACUAUGAAAAUAAUAGUUUCGAACAAUUCUGCAUUAACUUCGCCAAUGAGCGCUUGCAGCACUACUUUAACCAACACAUCUUUAAACUUGAACAGGAGGAAUAUAGAGCAGAAGGAAUUAGCUGGCACAACAUCGACUACAUAGACAACUCCGGCUGCAUCAACCUGAUCAGUAAGAAGCCGACGGGCCUGCUCCAUCUGCUGGAUGAGGAAAGCAAUUUUCCUCAAGCCACAAACCAAACGCUGCUGGACAAGUUUAAUCGUCAACACGAAGGGAACUCCUACAUCGAAUUCCCAGCGGUCAUGGAGCCGGCUUUCAUCAUCAAACACUACGCGGGCAAAGUGAAGUACGGAGUGAAGGAUUUCCGUGAGAAAAACACAGAUCAUAUGCGCCCAGACAUUGUAGCUCUCCUGCGAAGCAGCAAAAACGCCUUUAUCUGCGGGAUGAUCGGGAUCGACCCGGUGGCCGUGUUCCGCUGGGCAGUCCUGCGGGCCUUUUUCAGGGCGAUGGUUGCUUUUAGGGAGGCUGGAAAACGAUACGUGGAGAAGAAAACUGGGCAUGAUGAUGCAGUGCCAUGUGCGGUUUUGAAAAGUGUGGAUAGUUUUAGCUUUCUCCAUCACCCAGUUCAUCAGAGGAGCUUAGAGAUCCUGCAGAGAUGCAAGGAGGAGAAGUACAGUAUUACUCGGAAGAGCCCGCGGACACCGCUCUCGGAUCUCCAGGGAGUCAAUACCAUCAACGAGAGGGCUCAGCGCGAUGCCUACGCGGUUGGCUGGAAUGGCCGGAUGGGGAUGCGGCACAGCAGGCUCGCCAGCCCCGGCGCCUUCCUAGACAAAGAUGGGAUAUUUGUCAACGCGACCAACAGCAAGCUGCUGGAGAGAGCCCACGGCAUCCUCAUGCGAAAUAAGAACUUCAAAGCCAAACCAAAUUUCCCGAAGCACAUGCUGGACGUGAAGUCCCUCAAGCACCUAACCAACCUGACGCUGCACGACCGCAUUACCAAAUCUCUCCUCCAUCUCCACAAGAAGAAAAAACCGCCCAGCAUCAGCGCCCAGUUCCAGGCAUCGCUCAACAAGCUGAUGGAGACCCUUGGCCAAGCAGAACCUUAUUUUGUCAAGUGCAUUCGAUCCAAUGCCGAAAAGCUGCCCCUGCGGUUCAACGACAGCCUGGUGCUCAGGCAGCUGCGGUACACAGGGAUGCUGGAGACCGUUCGCAUUCGUCAGUCAGGAUACAGCUGCAAAUACUCCUUCCAGGAUUUUGUGAACCAUUUCCAUGUCCUUCUCCCGCAAGGAAUCAGCCCGUCUAAGCACAAUAUCCAUGAUUUCUUCCAGAAAAUAAAACUCGAUCCAGACAAUUACCAAGUUGGAAGAACAAUGGUAUUCAUGAAGGAACGGGAGCGGCAGCUUCUGCAGGACCUGCUCCAUCAGGAGGUGCUGCGCCGGAUCACGCUGCUGCAGCGCUGGUUCCGCAGCAUGCUCUGCAGGAGGCAGUUCCUGAGCUUAAAGCAAGCUGCAGUCAUCAUACAGAGAUUUUGGCGUAAUUACCAGAGCCGAAAGCAAGGCGAACCAUCCCCGGACCCUCUCGUCCUUGGCAAAGCCGCCGUUGUUCUCCAGACCCACUGGCGUGGCUUUGUGGAGAGGCGGCGGUUCCUGCAGAUGCAGUUUGCAGCCCACCUCAUCCAGAGCUGCUGGCGGGAGUACGCCAAGCGGCGGCACGACGCGGCCACCAGCAUCCAGGCAGCCUGGCGAGGACACCGCGCAAAGCAGUCCUACGCAGCCAGCAGAAGCAAAGUCGUCUGCUUGCAAGCGGCGUGCAGAGGAUAUUUAGCACGACAAAGGUUUAAAGCUUUGAAAGAGCAGCGAUUAAAAGAGAUGCAGCUGGAGAACGGCAUGUCAGUUAAAGAAGAGGAUGGACUGGAGACAGAUGGUGCUUUGGAAAUUAAGGGCUCCGACCCAUCUAAGUGGGAGGAUGGCUCAUUUGAAGAGCGAGUGAGAGCUAUAGAGGAACAUAAAUUGCUGAUGGAGAAUAAUCGGGUGAAUCACGUGGACCCACUGGAUACUUCUGCAAAUUUAUUGUACAAAAGGCACGAGAGAGCCAGUAGCCAGAGUGGGAUGGACACCGAAGAGGAGGUCGUUGUUAGAGAGAGACCCAAGUCAUUGGAGGAUCUCAACCAGAAAAAAGUGGUUCGUGCAAAAAGAGAAAGCCGGAGGAUGCGUGAACUGGAACAGGCAAAAUUUAGCUUGGAGCUGCUUAAGGUCCGGUCCACCGGUGGGCUGUCACCUUCCGAAGAGCGGCGGUGGUCCACCGAGCUUGUAUCUGAGGCACUUCAUUCCCCUCAGGGAACCCCGGAGAGCGAAAGCUCUCAAGGCAGCUUUGAGAUGUUAAGCUGUGAAGAUACCUCAAGUAAUAAACGCGUUUCCCUGUUUUUAGACGAGCAAGACGCGCAGUCGUUUUCCACUGACUCUUUGCCUAGCAGUCCCCAGGCUCAUCCGCAGGAGAAGUCUUUCUGUGCGGCAGAUGUGAACAGCAAUUUACCGGCUUGCAGAAGGAUGCCUUCAGACUUGGAGCUACCCGAUAACCUCACCGUGAAGGAGCACGUGGUCUGCGACCCCCAGAACGUUAUAUACAAGGCACAUCUGAGAGAAACCUUCCUUUCCAGCAAUCUACCUACUUUCUAUGUUCCACCACAAGACAACGUGAAGGUAAAGCUGGUGGAGAAUAACCUGAGGAACAAAGCAAUGGAAAGAGAGGAGAGGACAGUUACGUUCUCUGAGGUCAGGAAGGAUACUGAGCCAGACCAGGGCAGAGCUUUGGGAGAGGAGGAAGAGGAGAAGUCCUCUACCAAGAGAGAGGAACGUGGGACAGUGACUGCGACACAGGCGCAUUCUCCAGACUCUGUCAUCAAGAGACUGGAAAAGCUCAACGUGGAGAAGGAGGAACGGCAAAAGCAGCUUCAGCUGCAAAAUGAGAGGGAGAUGAUGGAGCAGAUCCGUCAGCAGAAGGAAAUUCUGGAGAGACAACGCAAAGCCUUCGAGCAGCAAGGGAGGGUGGAGGCUUUGCAGAGGGCUGAGCAGAGCAGAAUGAAGGACCCCUCCCUCAAACCAUCCAAAAAACCAGACAACCGGCCUCAGUCGGUCCUCAUCCUGCACCCCCAGAGCAGAGGGGAGCAUGGCCCUGCCACAGGUGUGCCUCCAACCUCAUCGGUGGACAUUAAAGGUCUCACCGUUGGGACCAGGGGAAGCUCUCCAGCCCACAGUGCCCCCAAAGACAGACCCGUCAGCAUGUUCAUGGAGCGAAGAGAAGGUCAAUCGGGAUCGGCCCUGGAACCCCGGUGCCAUUCGAGACCGGCUCUGGACCCCAGGGACCUCCCGGGCAGCCACUUCUCGAGGACGGACCGCCUCCGGCAGCCCCGAAUGCCCAACCAGGCCACCGAGGAGACGAGGGCAAGCGCUAUGUUCUUCACGCCGAAAGACAAUCCCUUCGGCCUCCACAGGGAAACAAGUCAUCAAUGCCUUUCCAAGGGUGAACUAGCCAGGAAGCCAUUUAAGAUGCCGGGGUCUGGCAGAGGAGAGGUUCCCAGACCGACCCAUAAAAAGAAAGCCCGCAUGGCGCGGACGCGCUCCGAUUUCUUGACUAGAGGUACUUUUGCUGAUGGGGAGGGGGAUACGGAGGAAGAUGAUUACGAUGGCAAUUUUGAGUUUCUUCUCUCCUCUGACCAACCUCCUCAUCCCGAGGCAGUGCCUGCAGCCCGGCUGGGGCAGGCCUGUUACAGUGACUCCGAAAUGACGGUGCAGCGAUUUGCCUCUGGGGAAGGCCAAACGAAACUGCACAAAACCAUGUCUCAGGGGGAGAUCGGGAAGCUGGCGGCCGCGCAGAAGAGCCUGGCUCCAGAUGGGAGGCCUCAGCGAGCCAAGAUGAGGUUCUGGGUGAAGGGAAAGCAGGGGGAGAAGAAGACCCCACGGGAGAAGCUUGCUACCCAGUCUGAGCUGCUGGAGCUGUAUGCAGAGGAAGAAGCUCCCGGCCGGGAGAUGAUUUCUGGCUUGCAGCUUGGAGAAGAGUUGGGUCCUCACCACCUGACCCCUCCACGGAGUCCUGAGCUGUCCGGUAUCUACCGACGGGAGUUUAAGGAGAACAAGGAGCCCUCUCCCAAAGUGAAACGCAAGCGCAGCGUCAAGAUCAGCAACGUGGCUCUGGAGCCCGUGCAGUGGCAGAACGACUCGCUGCAGAUUAUAACAAGCGCUAGCGACUUGAAGAGCAUGGAUGAGUUUCUCCUGAAAAAGAUGAAUGAGCUGGAUAAUGAGGACAGCAAGAAGGACACGCUGGUGGAUGUCGUGUUCAAGAAGGCACUGAAGGAAUUCCGACAAAACAUCUUCAGCUUUUACUCCUCGGCAUUGGCGAUGGAUGAUGGGAAAAGCAUCCGCUAUAAGGACCUCUACGCCUUAUUCGAGCAGAUUCUGGAGAAGACCAUGAGGCUUGAGCAGAGGGACUGGAGUGAGUCUCCAGUUAAAGUCUGGGUCAAUACCUUCAAAGUCUUCCUGGAUGAAUAUAUGAUAGAGUACAAACCCCUGGACUACACCGCGGUGAAGGUGCCAAAAACGGAGCGAAAAAAGAGAAGAAAAAAGGAAGCGGAUGUGGUGGAAGAGCACAACGGUCACAUUUUCAAGGCAACCCAGUACAGCAUCCCCACCUACUGUGAAUAUUGUUCCUCCUUGAUCUGGAUAAUGGACAGGGCUUCUGUUUGUAAAUUAUGUAAAUAUGCCUGUCACAAGAAGUGCUGUCUUAAAACCAUGACCAAGUGCUCCAAAAAGUAUGACCCCGAGCUCUCGUCUCGGCAGUUUGGCGUGGAGCUCUCCCGGUUGACCAGUGAGGAGCGAGCGGUGCCGGUGCUGGUGGAGAAGCUCAUCAACUACAUCGAAAUGCACGGGCUGUACACAGAGGGCAUUUACAGAAAAUCAGGGUCCACCAACAAGAUCAAGGAGCUGCGGCAAGGACUCGAUACAGACAUCGAUAAUGUGAAUUUAGACGACUACAACAUCCAUGUCAUCGCCAGCGUGUUCAAGCAGUGGCUUCGAGAUCUGCCCAACCCUCUCAUGACCUUCGAGCUCUAUGAGGAGUUUCUGCGGGCGAUGGGCCUCCAGGAGAGGAAGGAGACAGUGCGGGGAGUGUAUUCGGUCAUCGACCAGCUCUCCCGCACCCAUCUCAGCACCUUGGAGCGUCUCAUCUUCCACUUGGUGAGGAUUGCCCUCCAAGAAGAGACCAAUCGAAUGUCAGCUAAUGCCUUGGCUAUCGUCUUCGCUCCUUGUAUCCUCCGCUGCCCCGAUACGACGGACCCAUUGCAGAGCGUUCAGGACAUCAGUAAAACAACCACUUGCGUAGAAUUAAUCGUCAUUGAGCAGAUGAACAAGUACAAGGCUCGUCUCAAGGACAUCAACAGCCUGGAGUUCGCAGAGAACAAAGCCAAGAGCCGCCUCUCCUUGAUCCGCAGAUCGAUGAAACCCGUACUAAUUGCAGUUAGAUUUAUGAGCAUAACCCGCAGUUCAAUCCCGGGCAAAGGACGCGUGCGACGCGGCGCCUACCCCAGCCCGACGUCUCCCGUCGCCGUGCGCUUGCCCUCGGUGACGGAUGUCCCUGAGGAGACCAUGAGCAGCGAGGAAGCCAUGGAGAUGGAGGUGACGGAGCAGCAGCAAGUGGCCAUGCAGCAGGAGGAGAAGGUGCUGACUGAGCAGAUCGAGAGCCUGCAGAAAGAAAAGGAGGAGCUGACGUUCGAGAUGCUGACACUGGAGCCCCGCGCCUCCGACGACGAAACCCUCGAGUCCGAAGCCUCCAUCGGCACUGCCGACAGCUCCGAAAAUUUGAACUUUGACUCCGAAGGAGCCAUCUCCGAUCGUUCGGAGAGAAGCGUAGCACUUACCUCCCUGCGCCCCGCCAAGGCGGAGGGGCCGAACCGGCUGCGAAGGCACCCCAGGAUGCGGCCGGACCCGGCGGACCCAGCCGAUGCCUCCAUCUCCUCCUCCUCCUCCUCCCAAUCGUCCACCUCUUGCUUACCCCACCUGCCCCGGAAGCGCUUCCAGAUGUACUCCAAAUCGCCUUUUUACCGAGCGGGGGGACCCGUCGAGCCCCCCGAAAGCCGGGUGAGCCCCGAGGGCUUCGUGGGACCUCUCCGUUAUCCCGAGGACCGGCCUCAAUUCACCACCCGCGGGACGUUCAACCCGGAGAAAGGCAAACAGAAACUGAAGAGCGUGAAAACUUCCCCCCCAAAAACCAAAGAGCCCCCGGAUGGGGGGUCGGGGGGGGGACGCAAGAGAAACCCCGAGGCCGACUGCGCCGCCACCCAACCCCUCGUCCUCCUGGGGAGCAACGAGUUCAUGGUCUGAGAUGCUCCAUCCCAGGGCCGCGUCGCGCGCCGGAGCA